UCUAUUCGAGUCUACUCAGUGAGGGUUUAACCCACGAAUACUACGACGUCGUUUCGAUCUUCGUCUUCGCUGCUCUGAUCCCUUCACAGCAUACCAUCUUCCAUCUUCCGAUUUCCAUUACUGCUUAUCCCCUUGCUCCCCCAAUUCGCGCGACGGCUCCAUUAGGAAUCUGUUGAUUCGCAUUUUUGCGAGGGUAAGAGAUGGGCGGCGACAUUGCACUGCACAGGCUAUUGUUUCUAUGCUGCAUUACUCUGUUGAUCCAUGCCAUCCCCAGAUCGGAGGCAUCUCAGCCGUCCGCAGAGUUAUUUCUGGGAGUUUCCCCUCAAGAUGUAAAUUACUACAGAGGAUUGUUAUCGUCGAGUACGGUUAAGUGCAAAGACGGAUCAAAGAAAUUCGACAAGUCCCAGCUCAAUGACGACUUCUGUGAUUGUCCUGAUGGCUCUGAUGAGCCAGGAACUUCAGCUUGCCCUAAUGGGAGGUUCUACUGCAAGAAUGCUGGCCAUAUUCCAGUUAUCAUAUAUUCUUCAAGGGUCAAUGAUGGCAUCUGUGAUUGCUGUGAUGGGAGUGACGAGUAUUAUGGUAAAACCAAGUGCCCCAACACAUGUUGGGAAGCUGGAAAAGCAGCCAGAGAAAAACUGAAGAAAAAAAUUAGUACAUAUAAGGAUGGCAUUGCUUUGCGCAACAAGGAAAUUGAGCAAGCAAAAUUAGCCAUUGCGAAGGAUGAAGGGGAACUAUCAAAGCUUAAAGAUGAGGAGAAAAUACUUAGACCCUUGGUUGACAAACUCAAGGAACGCAAGGAGCAGAUAGAUAAAGUUGAAGAAGAAGAAAGGCAGCGGAAAGAAAAAGAAGAGAAGGAAAGACAGCAAGCGCAAGAAAGUGAAGGCAAAGGUGAAGAUGUUGAGCCUGUGAAGACUGAUGUCCCUGAUAAUACUGGGAUAACAGAUCAAAUUCAAAAGGACCUUGAGGAAGAGCAUCGUGAAUCUGUCAGUGAAUCUGAGCCAGAGCAUUCUUCCAUUAAGCAAGGACUUCCGGAUGAUGAAGUAGAAGGGGUUGGUGAGGAGUCCCGUCAGGGUGCUCAACACGCUGAGGAAGAUUCCAAUGUUGAUGGUAAGGAGGGUGUUGAUACUGGCAUUCAGGAUGAGAAUGGAGCUGAAGAUGGUGAACCACUAUCAAGGGAGGAGUUAGGGCGCCGUAUUGCAUCCCGGUGGACUGGGGAAAAGGCGGAGCAUCAUAUGGAUGAAGUCGAUGACUCCUCAAAUAAGGGUCAUGAAAAACCUGAUGAAACAUAUGAUGAGGUGAAUGACGAAGAAGACAACAAAUACGUCUCUGAUGAUGACGAGCAUAAGUAUGAGGAUGAUGAUGUCAAUGGUGAUAGUGAUAGUGAUGAAACCUAUGACCACACUGAUGACUUGGGCAGAGAGGAUCAUUAUGAUCCAACUUCUCAAAUUCAUGAGUCUGAUGAUGAAUCUGAAUUAACAGAUAUAACUGGCACAGGCGGCUCAUCUUGGCUGGAGAAGAUACAAAACACAGUGAAGAAUAUUUUCCAAGCAGUCAAUUUGUUCCAGAAACCUGUCAAUAUUUCUGAUGCUGCUCACAUACGGAAAGAAUAUGAUGAAGCCAAUGCCAAACUAUCCAAAAUACAAUCAAGAAUAUCAAAGCUGACGCAGAAACUAGGAUAUGAUUUUGGCCCCGAGAAGGAAUUCUAUUCAUUCUAUGGCCAAUGCUUUGAGAGCAAGCAGAAUAAGUAUGUCUACAAGGUCUGUCCCUUCAAACAAGCAACCCAAGAAGAGGGUUACACAAACACUCGUCUGGGGAGCUGGGACAAAUUUGAGGACUCUUACAGAGUGAUGCAGUUUCGAAAUGGAGACAAGUGCUGGAAUGGCCCCGACAGAAGCCUAAAGGUGAAGUUAAGAUGCGGAUUGAAAAAUGAACUUGCAGAUGUCGAUGAACCUAGCCGAUGCGAAUAUUUGGCACUGUUAAGCACCCCGGCUGUGUGCGUCGAAACUAAACUUAAGGAGCUCGAAGAAAAGUUGGAGGUGCUGAACAAGGAGGAGCCGAGAGUCGAGCAGGGAGAACAACACGACGAGCUAUGACCCGACAGACAGCUGCGUAGAGACGAGAAUAAGAUCAGAGAUGGAUGGAACGAAAGGCCGGACACGGAGGAGUCAAGUUGAGUCAAUAUUUCACGAGCAAACAGCCACACCAUAGCAGCCAUGGCGAGGCCCCCAACACUGUCUGUCUGUGUGUCUUAACUAAUUAAAUGUAGACUAGACUCCCCAUCCAAUGCUAUCUAUAAUAUAGUCUUCUUGUGACUCAGUUCAGAUUACAGACACACAUACAUCAAUGGAUUGUAUUAAGCAGUUGAGAGAGAGAGAGAGAGAGAGAGAGAUCCGUAAUUUUGUCAGCUGAGAACAUAACCCAACAGGGAAGGAGAUGCACACAAUUAUAAUCAACUCAUCUAA